UUUAAUUUGAUGAAAGUGAUCCACGCUUUCUCAUUCUUCAUCUUGUCUUCUCAUUCUGAAUACUCACAGAGAUCAAAACUCAUUCGAUUGGAAUCACAUUACAUCCUUCAUUACACUACAUUCUUUUCUGCAAUGAUUAUUAACAUUCUCCCCUUUCGACUUCACCUGGCCUCGCUGGAGAAGAAAGACAUUCCGCGAUGCACACACCAGCUCAUGAAGUUGAUCCUCUUCCCCACUGGCUCGCGAUAUUUUUUCUCAUACACAGAGACAGACAAGGAGGUGUCUCUAAUCCUCGAUAAAUCCCAUCUCGAUGGAUUCCCUAAGGGUGCAUUGAACACCUACAACGUUGUAUGGAGAGCUGUGCAGAUUGAACCAGGCGAGUCUGGUCUAGGCGCCGAAGAUGUUAUUUCUCAAGUGUCUAGACCACUUGCUGAAAGCAACAUCUCAAUCAUGCAAAUUUCGACAUACGAUGCAGACUUUACAUUGAUACCAGAAUAUGACUUAGAGCGAGCAUUGGAGUGUCUUUCCAACGUAUUCACAAUUAGUAACAACCCUCUCGAAGAUCUAGGAUUACAGCCGAGUGACCUCGAAUCAUGGCGGACGUCCUAUCCAUUGAACCCAGGCGGCGAUGUCAAGUCAAUACAAGAUACUCUUUUAUUAGAAACAGACGUCAGUGACAAGCUCAAUAUCUCUUCAUUGUCAUCGAAUCAGUCUGUAAAUCACACAACUCUCAAUCAUGGUCUAAAGUCCAUCAAGGCAAGACACCCAUUUAAUGCCAAUUACUCCUGUCGACUACAUAUCACUAGCAUGGAACAAAGCCUUAUGGGCAUGCUAGCUAUUCGGCUGCUUGAAUCUAUCUUUUUUGACAGCAGGAUGGAGCGUUUUUUCUCCUUUACACAAACAGAUACAACCAUGAGCAUCAUUAUGGACGACGCCACCAUGAGCCUAUUCCCAGAACAUACACUGAACACACAUGCAGGUGACUGGCGACUGAUUGCUAUUGGGGAUGGUCCUCUAGGGUUUGAUGAAUGUGGGGUCGUAAGCGAAUAUUCAAGGCCAUUGAGUGAGAACGGGAUUGGUCUCUUCUAUAUGAGCACCUUUCGCUCAGAUUAUAUCAUGGUGAAUGACCAUGAUUUUGAACGAGCAGUCUCACAUUUACAUAAAAUCGCCAAAGAAAUAUCCCCUCCCGUCAUGGAUUCACAGCAAGAUGAAGAGGAAGGGGAAGAAAACAAUCAAGCAAUGAUGACGCACUUUUCCUCAGACUCAGAUUCGGUCUCGGUCUCAGAUUCAGACUCAAGCUCAGAUGCAGAUUCAGCGUCAGAGGUCGAUCCUGAUGAACAUGAUAUGAAUGCAAAGCAUGGAUAUGACCACGAUGAUGAUCUCGAGAUUGUGUUUGUGGACGAAAGUAUACCAACUUGAAAAAAAAAAA